AUUUUAACCAAAAGCAUGAAAAAUUAUAAUAAUAAUAAUUAAUGCAAAGAUCAGGUGGAUCUACUAAGUCGGUAUGCGAAGGCGACUGGUCACAUCUCUCUGCUGUGAUGUCAUCUGCCGGAAGAUGUAAAGUGGCAGACGAUGCAGGUUUAGACUAUUGCUGUGAAAGGCGUUUGACAGCUUGUCGUAAUAAAGGAAAUGGGAGCGAACGAAGCGAUAGCAUUGCUCAUUUCCAAAAUACCAUAAACUGCGGCGUCCCUUAAAUAAGUGGUUUUAGAGAAAAUGGUUCUCAGUUCAACGACUGGUUCGUAACAGAAAGCCUAAUUUUUUAAAUUCCAAACAUAAUACUGAGAGCAUCGACCUCGUUGGUUUGGCCAUGAAUCCGGCGGAACAAACGGUUACUUGGCUCAUUACGCUUGGGGUUUUGGAUUCGCCGAAAAAGACUAUUUCGGACCCCGAUGGAUUUCUGCAGUCCUCGUUAAAGGAUGGGGUCGUCCUGUGCAGGUUACUGGAACGGCUGCGUCCAGGCACUACCGAUAAAAUCUUCCAAGAUCCCAAGAAUGACAGCGAGUGCUUGAGCAAUAUCACACAGUUUCUCAAGGGUUGCACAGUGUUCCGCGUCGAGCCAUUUGAGGUUUGUGACCUGCUUCAGGGCCACAACUUCAUCAGGGUCCUCAGUACACUGGUAGCCCUCAAUAAAGUGACUGCAGAUAUUGGCAUUGGCAGUGACUCUGUAUGUAUGCGUCACUCGUCCGCCCACCGGAUCAAGUCCUUCGAAUCUUUGGCCUCCCAGUCCUCACUGGGUCGAUCUUCUAAAUUAAUCCUUAACCAGUUCCGCAGCCUGGACAUGACGGAGAACAGCAACUCUCAGUUAGUGGUAAAAGCUCGCUUCAACUUCCAACAGAAUAAUGAGGAUGAGCUUUCUUUCAACAAGGGUGACAUCAUCAAUGUCACUCGCACAGAAGAAGGGGGUUGGUGGGAAGGAACUUUCAAUGGCAAGACAGGCUGGUUUCCAAGCAAUUAUGUCAAAGAGAUCAAAGGGUUUGAUAAACCAGUGUCCCCUAAAUCUGGAGCUCUUAAAAGCCCUCCCAAAGGUUUUGAUACCACAGCCAUCAGUAAGACCUACUACAAUUUGGUGCUACAGAACAUUUUAGAAACUGAAACAGAGUAUUCAAAGGACCUCCAAAGCCUUUUGUCCAACUACCUGAGACCACUUCAGAUGACAGAGAAACUAAGCACAUCAGACGUCAGUGUCAUCCUCGGGAACCUGGAGGAAAUCAGCACUUUCCAGCAGACUCUGGUCCAAUCACUGGAGGACGGCACCAAACUUCCAGAGCUGCAGCAGAAGGUGGGAUGGUUUUUCCUGAAUCUCAUGCCCCAGAUGAGGUCUCUAUAUGUGUCGUACUGCUCCAACCACCCCUCAGCAGUCAGUAUUCUCACUGAGCACAGUGAGGAAAUUGGGGAGUUCAUGGAGGGGAGAGGCGCAACUGUUCCAGGUAUUCUGACUCUGACCUCUGGCCUCAGCAAGCCCUUCAUGAGACUGGACAAAUAUCCCACAUUGCUAAAGGAACUGGAGAGACACAUGGAGGAGGUUCAUCCAGACAGAACAGAAAUACAGAAGUGUAUGAUGGCAUUCAAGAAUCUCUCUGCACAAUGUCAGGAGGUGCGGAAACGCAAGGAGCUCGAGCUGCAGAUCCUGACUGAGACGAUUCGGCUCUGGGAGGGAGAGGACAUCAAGACCCUGGGUUCGGUGCUGUAUAUGAGCCAGGCCAUGGUCCAGAACCUCGGCUGUGAGGAGAAGCACGAGCGUUACCUUAUGCUGUUUCCUCAUGUGCUGCUCAUCCUGUCUGCCAGUCCAAGGAUGAGUGGCUUCAUCUACCAGGGCAAGCUACCUUUGAGUGGGAUGACGAUGACCCCAUUAGAAGACUGUGAAAGCCAUAAAAAUGCUUUUGAGCUCUCGGGCAGCAUGUUUGAGAUGCAUCAGGUGAUCUGCUAUAACAAACAGGAUCUUCAGGACUGGCUCGAGCACCUCAACCGACAGACCAAACACACCACUAUGGCAGCUCCCAGCAUGAAACCACUCACUGUCCCCUGCCACACACUCCCGUCUCACACUCUGACACCAUCCAGACAUGCAGAAAGCCGUGGCCUGACAGUCGCUCCUGCCUACCACACCCUCCCACAUCCCUCCUCUCACGGGGCCCCUCACAGCACCAUGAUGUGGGGCCCCCUGGAGCCUCCCAAAACCCAGAAACCCUGGAGCCUGAGCUGCCUGCGUCCUUCACCCCCACUGAGACCAUCAGCUGCUCUCUGCUAUAAAGAGGACCUCAGUAAAAGUCCCAAGACUAUGAAAAAACUGCUGCCUAAAAGAAAGCCAGAGAGGAAGCCGUCCGAUGAGGAGUUUGCACUGAGGAAGAGUACUGUAGCUCUGGAGGAGGAUGCUCAGAUUCUGAAAGUGAUUGAGGCUUACUGCACGAGUGCCAAAACCAGACAGACUCUGAACUCAACAUGGCAAGGCACUGACCUCAUGCAUAACCACGUUUUGGAUCAAUCCAGCAUGGACUCUCUGGGCCGUUGUAGCAGUAUCUCAAGGCCGGAGGGCACCUCGGAUCUCUCAGAGGACUCUGACUAUGACAGUAUAUGGACAGCCCACAGUUACAGGAUGGGCUCUGUAUCCCGGCAGUGGAAAGAUGCCGGUCCAGCACUGAUAGUUCCUGGGGAGAAGUUCAAUGUAGACGAGUUGAAGAGUAAUGGUCAGAUUCUGCUGGGGGAGAAGAGCCUUGUGGAUGUUGUUUAUGCUCUGAAAAAUGAGGUACAAGAACUUAAACAGGACAAAAAAAAAAUGAAGAGAUCUCUGGAAGAAGAACUGAGAGCUCGGAAAGAUCUGGAGAAGAUAGUUAGAAAAAUGCUAAAGAAAAUGAACGACCCAUCCUGGGAUGAGACCAACUUAUGAUAUCAGUGCGGCCAGUUUACUCGUUUUUAUGUUACACUAGUGGUUGAAAAUGAUUUCACCCAGUUCAGCAUUUCACAAAUGUUUUCUUUCCUUAAAAGCAACACAUGUUGUAAUUCAGUAGUGGAUAUGAGUCUGUAGUUACCUGAACUGGCUCAUUUCAACAUUCAAACGUGCUCUUUCUAUGCAUCUCCAACAAGCAGGUGCUUUUAAAUGUUCUAGUUUGUGGAAUUUAGAAAAAUCUGACAACCACUAAUUUAUAUUUGAACAAUCAUGACGUCAGACUGUUGCUUUUGAAGUCUUCGCAUCCAUGAAAGACUUUUGCCAUGAGUGUUUCAUGUGUCUGUCUUGGAGGAAGGGCAUCACUUUUCUCCCAGUUUGUAUUUCACCUGGUGUUAAAGUGCGAGACAGAUAGUACCUCACAUUUCACAUGUACCUGAUGUUGAGAUUUUAACCAUCUGAUGGCUUGACCUGUAUUUCAACAAAUUACAUUUAAAAAAGGUUCAGUAGGUAAUUUGAAAUCCUCUUUUAUGGUUACAUUUGAGUUUUAAUAAGAAAUGUUAUCGCUAUAUACUCAAAUUAAGAUACUGAAUCUGUGAAUAUUUCAAUGAUGUGAAGUUUUCAUUCCAUUUAAUUGUUGUUUACAAAUUACUAAAAUGUUGAUACUUAAAGAAUAAUUGAACUGUAGGUACGUUUGUUAAUAGCAACAAUCACAUUGUAUGUUGAAUGAGGAAUGUUAAGGUCAUAGGUGUAUGCUUAUGUUUUAUGCUGGGUACAUAACUUACCAUUGCCAGGCUGUGACAGGACCUUCUGCAUCACUAAAUUCCUGUCAUAUCUGUAAACACACACACACACACACACACACACACACACACUUUAUGACUGUAAAGAUUUAUUUGACCAAAGCAAAUGCCAAAAUCUUAUUUAUGGACUUAACUAUCUUUGAAUUCUUACUGUAAUGGACUGUUACGCUUACAGAACACUUGUAGAAUAGCCUCAUCUGAACUCACACAGGUAUUUAUUAUGGAGUGUUCUUUACCUCAGAUCCCAGAUCCAUGUGACUAAAUUUAUUCUGUAAAUAAAAAGCAUUUUUUUUUUUGUUGUGACUAGACCUGAGUGGCAUCAGUUGGGAAAUGCCAAUUAUUAAAAAUGUGUACAAGGUGAGAUUUUAAAAUUAUACUUGAUAAAACUAUAUACACUUAACUUUAUAUACAUAAUAUUACUACAAAAUUAAAGUGUAGUUUUUACUAAAAAAUGUAGUCUGUUCCUUUGAAUACAAAGCAUCUGUGGUGACACUUUUUUUUACUAAAUAAACAAUGUGAUAGAUGAUAAUGUGUGAAUGAAUGAAUGAACAGACCUGUAAGAAACAUUUCUCAGGAGUUUAAGCUUAAAGUUUCUAUAAUCUGUCAAGGGAAGGGUAUGAUGACAAGGGCAACUUUAUGCCCUUGUCUUUCGCCUGCAUACUACGGCUCUGGGUAAAGGUUGUGCAUGCGCAAGGUCCUAUUACAGUGACAAGCCAAUCUAGUCCCUUUGUGGGCGAUGAUUCUACUUCAUUGAUUUACAAUGGAAAUAUAAUUUUGCUGGUGUUGGCAAAAAGCUCAAAUGUCAGGCUUUUCAGAAUGCCAGCAUUGCCUUGUUCGCAGAUGAAUAAGGAGAAAGUCACCUUUUGUCUCCUGUUAAAUAUUCUUGCAUAAAUACAAAGGAGCAUAAUGCACUCCCGAUAAAAGGAGGCCCUGAUUUAUUGUUUAGAUAAAACCUGUAGAUAUAUGCCAGGUUGGCCUUUUCAUAUUUGUUCUUUGCUGUUCUCCCUUUUUACAGCUUAUUGAGUUUGGAAGAUUGUCGCUUUCAGUGAUGUUUUGGUAUUAUGGAAAAAACACAACUUGCUCUACCUUACUGUAAUAAGUAGAUAACAAUACAAUUCUAAAGUAAAAAAAAAAAAAGGCAUUUGUCACUGAAAGAUGCUUCAAAUGAAAUAAAUAAAUAAAAUAAUGACACUCAUGCAUAUUUGUAUUUUCACAUCCCUUUGAUAGGUUGACCAUGUCCAAGUUUAGCCUUGUUUAGGACUAAACUGAUCACCUCUGAAGUGCAGCAAACCAAAUACCCUCU